CUAUCAAGUGUAAAUGAGCCAUUUGAUUGGUUGGCAUGGGUGAGAUGAUUGGCUAGUUGCUUAGUGACUCCUUGAUAGGUUCAUCACUAACAUCAGGUGCAAAGGUAACUCAUUCAAGCUGUGUGCUAACAACAGACAGCUGCCCCCCGCUGAAGGAUGGUGUUCUGUGGUGUUAGGGUUCCUCUCUGUAGGCGCCUGGCUGUGCUGCUGUGUGCCUGCAUGCUGCUGCCAGGCCUGCUCUGUAAGAACCUGCGCUGCCUCUUCUGCCCCCUGCAGGCGGCCGAUAAGACCUGCAAGCCCAUGUAUUCGGAGUGUCUGCCCCAGGAGGUGUGCCACAAGGCGACGGGACGCUACGGCAGCUACGGGGUGCUCGCCAGCCGAGGCUGUGUCCCUGAGAAGCAGUGUUCCACGGGGAGCCGGGUCUUCUACAUGGGCGUCGGCUACAACCUGAGCUACAGCUGCUGCAGCUUGGAUUUCUGCAACUCCAGCCCGGCAGCGCCCGCCCCCCUGCUCCUACUCGUGCUGCUGCCUGCCGCCGCAGCUCUUCUCCUGCCCGGUGGGAUUUGCUAGCCCUCAGACUCGCUGCCACAUAUGCGCCUCCCAGCGCAUUUUUCCAGUGAUGGCCGCCUCGCCCAAUAUCGUGCCCCUUCAGAAACGCAGUGAGCCUUUUGCUCUGUUUGUGAGCGACCAAGCCCUGCACUGGCAGGGGGGAGGGUAUUUCACAUCCUAUCUGUAUAGCGUGCACUAUUAUGGGCACCCAGCAUGUCCAUGCAGGCUGCUGUGUGUUAAAGUAUAACCAUUUUCCUGUAACAAGUAAUGGUUAAAUUUGAAACGUGAUUAUCUUUGUCAUAUGUCCUGAUUUGUAUUUUAAGUAAUUUUAAUACCUUUGGGGGGGGGAAAUGAAAGCUUUUCAGACUCCCUUAAAUAAUAAAUGUAACCCUUCUGUACUUUUAAAUAUG